AUGGGCUUUGGAGGCAUGUUCAGCCGGUCUAAGGCCGCCCCAGAGUCAUCUCCCUUCUCCUCGCAGGCGCCUACUCCCCCUCGUGCGGACUCGAUCCUCGAGAAGGAUGGUAUUACCAUUGACGACAGUCCUGUCAAGUACUUGACUUGGCGGUCAUUCAUCCUCGGCCUGUGUGUCUCCAUGGGUGGUUUCAUCUUCGGAUACUCGACUGGUCAAAUCUCUGGUUUCACAACCAUGGUAGACUUCAAGCAGCGCUUCGCUGAGUACAACCCCUCAACCGGCGAGUAUGCCUUCAGCAACGUUCGGAAUGGCCUCAUUGUUGGUCUGCUGUCUAUCGGAACUAUGAUCGGUGCUCUUGUCGCUGCCCCCAUCGCUGACCGUAUUGGCCGCAAGAUGUCGAUUUCCUUCUGGGCUCUGAUCCACAUUGUCGGGAUCGUUGUCCAGAUUGCUACCGUUGACAAGUGGUACCAGAUUGCCCUGGGCCGUUGGGUGGCUGGUCUGGGUGUCGGCGCUCUGUCCAGCGUGGUGCCCAUGUACCAGAGCGAGUCUGCGCCUCGUCAGGUCCGUGGUGCCAUGGUCAGUGCCUUCCAGCUGUUCGUGGCCUUCGGUAUCUUCAUCUCGUACUUGGUCAACUUCGGCACCGAGAGCAUCAAGUCCACCGCCUCAUGGCGCAUCACUAUGGGCAUCGGCUUUGCCUGGCCUCUGAUCCUGGGUCUCGGCACUCUCUUCCUUCCCGAGUCUCCUCGUUAUGCCUACCGUCACGGCCGCGUUGAGGAGGCCCGCACCGUCAUGAGCAAGCUCUACGGUGUUCCAGCCAACCACCGCGUUGUCCUCCAGGAGAUGCAGGACAUGAAGAUGAAACUGGAUGAGGAGCUCGCCAGUGGCCAGGCUGCCUGGUACGAGAUCUUCACUGGUCCUCGCAUGUUCUACCGCACAGUUCUGGGAAUCGCUCUGCAGUCCCUGCAGCAGCUGACGGGUGCCAACUUCAUUUUCUACUAUGGAACCAGCAUUUUCCAGGGCGUUGGUCUGUCCAACUCAUACGUGACGCAGAUUAUCCUUGGUGCCGUCAACUUCGGCAUGACCAUCCCCGGUCUGUAUGCCGUUGAGCACUACGGCCGCCGCAAGUGCCUGAUGGUGGGUGCCGGGUGGAUGUUCAUCUGCUUCAUGAUCUGGGCCUCCGUGGGCCACGAGGUUCUCCACUACCACCCGGAGUCGCACGCCGCCGGUGUCGCGAUGAUCGUGUUCACCUGCUUCUUCAUCGUCGGCUUCGCCACCACCUGGGGGCCCAUCGUCUGGGCGAUCUGUGGUGAGAUGUAUCCGUUCCGCUACCGCGCCGUGUGCAUGGGUGUCGCGACUGCGGCCAACUGGACCUGGAACUUCCUCAUCUCCUUCUUCACUCCGUUCAUCUCCAGCUCCAUUGACUUCCGCUAUGGCUACGUCUUCGCCGCGUGCUGCUUCGCUGCCAUCUUGGUUGUCUUCUUCUUUGUGUGCGAGACUAAGGGCCGUACUCUCGAGGAGGUCGACACCAUGUACGUCCUCAACGUGAAGCCCUGGAAGAGCGCCAGCUGGGUGCCCCCUGAGGGCAUCGUUGGCGACAUCCACGGCCCGGCUACCGAGGAGACGCCCAAGGUGGGAACUGCCGGUGAGCACCAUGAUCAGACGGCAGAGAUUCAGGAGUAA